AUGCGAUUUUCCUCCCUCCACCAGCUACGAUGUGCUGCACUACCCCCGCGUGCACGACACUUUACGAACGGCGAUGUUGUGCUCUUGCGCGAGGCCAAAGAGACUCAGGAUGGCCGCCUCGUGAAGCUGCAGGCGCCCAAGUCGACCGGUACACACAGGGGCGUCAUCAAGCAUGAAGAUGUGAUUGGGAAAGAGCCGCGCCAGAUUGUCCACUCCCACAAGGGUGCCUCCUUCCGCAUCCACGACCCUACACUGGCCGAGUACGUCAGACUGACUCCACGUCUUGUUACCCCAAUCUACCCUUCGGAUACGAAUCUCAUUGUGUCCCUGCUCGACAUUCACGUUGAUACUCCCUCCGUUAGCCCAAGCACCGAACCACCAUUCGAGAUACUCGAAGCUGGCACAGGCCACGGCGCCCUGACGCUGCACCUUUCCCGCGCCAUACACGCCGGAAAUCCGCCGAUUCCGAGAACACCUUCCUAUACAGCAACUGAGGAAGAUUCUGAAGACGCAGUAUACCUCGGCGAAUCUCUGUCAGACCUGCAAGAGUCAGGGCUCGAGUCAUGGAAACAGGCUCGUCGCGCCAUCAUACACACGCUGGACAUAUCUAGCAAGCAUUCCAAACACGCAAAGAAGAUUGUAGAAGGCUUCCGACAUGGCAUGUACGCGGGUAACGUCGACUUCCACGUGGGCGACGUAUCCGAGUGGAUAGCCAAACAAAGAGCCUCAAGGAAGACAGAAGAGCCCUUCUUAAGCCAUGUCUUCUUAGACCUCCCCAACGCGACUAGCCACCUUCCCAACGUCGCUCCCGCCUUGCACGCCAAUGGCUUGCUCGCUGUCUUCAACCCAAGCGUCACCCAGAUCGCCGAAUGUGUCCAAACCAUCCGCGAACAAAGACUGCCAUAUCUGCUUGAUCAAGUCAUUGAGCUUGGCGCAGGCACAAUUCGCGAGUGGGAUGUUCGCGCCGUGAAACCCAGAGCAUCCAAACAGGAUGCUCACACAAAGCAGCCCUCUGAACCCUCGACCGACGAGACCACGGAUUCAGAGUCAGGCCAAGCCGCACGCGACACUGAGCUGGCAGAAGAGUUGACCAAGGAAGACGACAAAUGGGUCAUGGUGUGUAGACCUAAGGUCGGCCACCAAGUUGUCGGAGGUGGCUUCCUGGGUCUAUGGAGACGUAUGGACAAGACUGGAGCGGCAUAG